GGAACUUCCUGCGUUCCAGGCCAGCCAGCCUGGCCCGGGCGGGGAGUCGAGCGCCCACGUUACCCGGCCUUUUCGGAGCUAGGGAGCCGAGACCGGGGGGCUGGGCCCCUGCUCCACCCGGCGCCCAGGGACUCGCGUCCGCUAGUUCCGCCCGCGCCUCGCGUCGCACGCCGGCAUCAGCCGGGAGCCCAGGCCCGCCGUGCCCCGGGUCAGGCGAAGCUGACCGGUCUCCGCCGACUCCGCUGCGAGCCCGGGCACGGAUGGCGGCAUUGGGCGCUGACCCGUCUCCAGCGGCUCCGCUGCGAGCCGGGGCAGCGAUGGUGGUGGCGGCGGCGCUCAGGGCCCCGGCACAGGGCUGUGUGACCUUUGAGGACGUGACCAUUGACUUCUCCCAGGAGGAGUGGGGGCUCCUUGAUGAGGCUCAGAGGCUUCUGUACUGCGAUGUGAUGCUGGAGAACUUUGCCCUCAUAGCCUCGCUGGGUCUGACGUCUUUCAGGUCUCACAUAGUUGCCCAGCUGCAGAUGGGGGCAGAGCCGUGGGUGCCUGACAGGGUGGACAUGACGUCAGCCAUGGCAAGAGGGGCAUACAGUGGACUUGUCUCCGGUUUUGGCUGUGGAGUGGAGGGUGAGUGUAGUGUGUCUGCAGAAGGAGUGUCACAGGAGGGGAAGCUCAAGGCGGCUCUGUGUAACCAGAAGGACGACUCCCAUGACACACGUGGCCUGCACUUGAAAGAUGUUUUGCACCUGACCGAACACCAGGCAACACAUCCCAGGCAGAAACCAGAUGCGUGUGAGGCAUCUGGGAAAGGGUCAGAGUCCAGUGCAAACCUUCAGCAGCAGCAGAACAUAGACAAGCCUGUCAGAAGGGAUGAGGAUAGGGCCUCCCUUGUGAAGAGCUGCAGAGAUGACACAUCAAAGGAGCCUCUCACAGUCAGGGAGGAUGAGAAGGACUUCGGGGGCGGUAUGGCCACAUCUGGCUUUCUCCAGCGACAGGUCGUUCACAGAGUGGAGGAGCCUCCCCAGAGCACUGGCCUGCCAAGUCAUAACAAGUGCGGUGAAUUUGGGAACGCUUUCCCUGACAAACCCGCACCUGUUCGGCACCAGAGAACCCACACGGGGGAAAGGCCUUUUGAGUGCAACAAAUGUGGGAUAUUCUUUAGCCACGUGUCCGGUCUCUCUCAGCACCAGAGAGAUCACAACAGAGGAAAGCCUUAUGAGUGCUGCGAAUGUGGGAAGUUCUUCAGCCGACACUCUAGUCUCAUGAGACAUCAGAGAGUUCACACUGGGGAAAGCCCUUAUGUGUGCAGCGAAUGUGGGAAAUUCUUUAGCCAAAGCUCCAACCUCAUUCAGCAUAAGAGGGUGCACACUGGAGAGAAGCCUUAUGAGUGCAGUGAGUGUGGCAAGUUCUUCAGCCAGCGCUCCAACCUCAUUCAUCAUAAGAAGGUCCAUACAGGCAGAAGCGCUCAUAAGUGCAGAGAGUGUGGGAAGUGUUUCACCUGCAACUCCAGCCUCAUUAAGCACUGGAGGGUUCACACUGGAGAAAGACCUUAUAAGUGCAAUGAAUGUGGGAAAUUCUUCAGCCGCAUCUCCAGUCUCAUCCAACAUCAUAUCAUCCACACUGGUGAACGGCCUUACAGGUGUAGCGAAUGUGGGAGAGCCUUCAUCUGGUGCUCUGACCUCAUGAAGCAUCAGAGAGUCCACACUGGGGAGCGGCCUUAUGAGUGCAUCGAAUGUGGGAAAUUGUUCAGCCAGAGCUCCACCCUCCAUAGCCAUCGGAGACUUCACACAGGGGAACGGCCUUAUCAGUGCCCCGAAUGUGGGAAAUUCUUUAAGCACAGCUCCAGCCUCCAUAGCCAUCGGAGACUUCACACCGGUGAGCGGCCUUAUGAGUGCCUUGAAUGUGGGAAAACCUUCAGCAAGAGGGCUACCCUCGUCCGGCACCAGAAAAUUCACACGAGAGAAAGGAGUGCAGAGAAUGUGCACCCUCCUCCAGCACAACGAUGUGCACAGGUGAUAAGCUCUGAGAACAGUCUUUAUGAGGGGGCCACCAGCCAGAGGGUGAACCUUGUUCAUCCCAAUGUCCACAAUGGGCAGAGUCCCUAUGAAUGCUAGUUCUGCUGGAAGCUUUCUGGAACAAAGCAGCAUUUUUCUCACCAUGGACUCUACCAGAGCUUUGCCACUGCGAGUGUCUGAGGUAGAAGCCAUCGAGCUCUGGCAGGUCUCCAAGAAUAUGUGUCAGCCAGUCCCUGUGUUCGGACCUCUUCCUUUUCUUAGAGGGAAUCCUGAGUAGCCUGAGGCCAAGGAAGAUGUCAUUCCUUCCCUCUGUGACCAGCGUAGCUAUGGACAUGACCCAUAUCUUUGACUGUGAAGACCUGAGCUGGGUUCUGCAGGCGGCUUGCAGAGAAGGUUUCCCUUCUUUCAAAGACAUGGCUGAUCUCAUACGAUGCUCAUGAUGGAUUUAUCCAGACUCCACAUUACCCAUCCCAACAAGCACCUACUUUACAUUGCCUUAAUGAUCAAGCCACCUUUAAUCCAAUGUGUUUUGAUCACUGUGAAGUGGGUUGAGAACGCAGUUGAGGUCUACCAAACGAAAAGGGUUUCUAAGUGUUUUGCCUCGGAGAAAGAGCAGGAUGGUGGAGAAUAGCUCUCGGUCCAGAUUUGGCCUCCUUUGUGUUGCUACUCAAGGUCUCCUGGGAAAGAUGGUAGGACUUUGUGGGCCUAAUGUUGGGAUCUGAGUGGCAUGAAUUUUUGUGAGCCAGAGAUGACCCUGAGGACGGGGCAGUUGUGACAACCUCCUCUGCAUCUGGGAGCGGCAUGAAUAGGGCCCCAUGUUUCCACGGGAUGCCACAAGUUCCCUAGCACUGUUAAGUAGACACUUUACCUGACACUUGCCAAGGAGCCAUUUGCCUUGACGUUUACCAUCUGGUAUUCAGGUGUCCUGUUAGGUUUACUGGCCCAAUUGAGACCAUAAUUUGUAUGGAAACAUUGGGUGUGAGACUAGCAAGCUAAAGGGAAUGUACCUGUUCUAAAAGUACAUCCACAAAUGUUCCUUUGAAUGUCACUGUGCAGGAUUCAGGCUUCGCAGAAAUUCUCAGGACCUCCAGACCUCUGUCCUAUGACUUAGGUCACUGACAGAGCAAAUAUCUAAAGGUUUUGUGGGUACCAAGGCUCCCUGCACUUUUCGUGCCACAGCUGUUGCUGCUUUGGCGGGAGAAUGGGGCUGAGAGAAGGCAGAUCCUGUACUCCAGGGGUGUAGCAUUUGUCACAUAUCCAUUUUUGCUGCCAAGGCAUGAGAGAGAGAGAGAGUCAAUGUAGGAUUGCCAAAUCCUCUAAUUUCUGACAUGAACGGGAGAUCAGAUUUUUAUGUGCAACAAUUUCUUUAAGUGCUUUGUUGAGAUACAUUUGUCAUGCAACAGUCGUAUCUAUUUGAUGUUGCACAGUUUAAGAAGUUUUUCAAUAUGUUUACACUCAGGGAACCAACACAGAGCCAUGACAAUGGACCUAUCUAUCACCCAGAAAGCUACCUCAUGCCCUUUACUAUCCCUCCUUGCCUUCCCAGUAAACCAUUGUUUCCUUAUUUUUGGUCUAUUUUUCUUUCACAACGUAAUCAUCUGGAGAAUUAUCCAUGCUGUAUGUAUUAAUAGGUCAUUCUUUUUGCUGUUGCGUAGUGCUCUCGAGUGAAUCCAUCACAAUUUUUUAUGCUUUAUUUUUUAAAUUAAAAAAUCUCUGGUAAAAUACACAUAACAUAAAAUUUACCAUCCAGACCAUCUCUAAGUGCAUAGUUCAGGAGUAUUAAGUACAUUCAUUUUGUACAGCCAUCACCACCAUUCACAUCCCGAGCUCUUUUCAUCUUGCAAAACCAAAAGUCUGUAGCCAUUAAAUAAUAACUUCAAAGUCUCUCCCCCCUGCCAAGCCCCUGGAAACUGCCCUUCUACUUUCUGUCUUUCUGAACUUGACUACUUCAGGUACCUCCUAUGAAGAGUCAUCUAGUAUUUGUCUUUUUGUGGCUGGUUUAUUUCACUUAGCGUAAUGUCCUCAAGGUUCAUCCUGUUCUAUGCCAUGUGUCAGAAUUUCCUUUCUUUUUAAGGCUGAAUAAAAUGCCAUUGUAUUUCUGUGCCAUAUUUUGCUUAUUCACUCAUCUGUCAAUGGUUAUUUGGUUUACUUCCACCUUUUAGCUGUUGUGAACCAUACAGCUAUGAACAUGGGUGUACAAAUACCUCUUUGAGACCUUGCCUUCUAUUGUUGUUUUAUUUUUUAAAGUUGUAUUUAUUUGAGAGCGAGCAAACAGGAGAGAGAGACAGGAGUAGGGUGAGGGGCAGUGGGAGAAGCCGACUCCCUGCUGAGCAGGGAGCCCAGUGUGGGUCUCUGUCCUGGGUUCUGGGAUCAUGACCUGAGCUGAAGGCAGACAGUUAACCAACUGAGCCACCCAGGCACCCCCUCGCUUUCUUUAUAGAUAUAUCUGGAAGUGGAAUUUCUGGCUCAUAUGGUAAUUAUAUUUUUAAUUUUUUGAGGAACCUCCAUACUGUUUUCCACAGUUGCUCUAUCAUUUUAUAUUCCUACCCGUGGUAUACAUGGGUUCUGAUUUUUCCACAUCCUCAGCGAUGCUUGUUUUAUCUUUAAAAAAAUUGUUUUAAAUGCUUGAAUAGUAUCUGUCCUGAUAGACAUAGUUUCCUUCUGUCCUAGCUUAUUGAGUGUUUUUAUCAUGAAAGGAUGUUGGAUUUGUCAAAUGCUUUUUUUGCAUUAGUUGAUAGGGUCCUAUGGUUUUUCCUUCCAUUAAUGUGUAUUACACUGAUUUUCAUAUGUUGAAACUUCCUUGCAUUCCAAGAAUAAAUCCUGCUUAAAUAUGGUA